UGAUGAUGAUGAUGAUGAUAAAGUUGAAACUGUAUUAUCUACAUCAUUUAAAUUGAAUAUAUUACCUACAGAAUGUGUUCAAAAAAUCGUUCAAUAUUUAUUAGAAGAAAAACAAGGAUUAUAUUCAUGUUUAUUAAUAAAUAGAUAUUGGUGUAAAAUUGUUAUAUCAUAUCUUUAUAGACAACCAUUUGAAUUAUGUUCAUCAAAAAAUAGGUUAAAACUUUUUAGAACAUAUUUAUUAUGUUUUGAUCAAGUAGAAUUGGAUUCCCUAUCAACUAGAAUGAUAGAUGCAUUAUAUAUAUUUAAUAUAUUUCCUAAAAAAAGGAAUCCUUUAUUUAAUUAUUUCAUAUUUUUAAGAAAAGUUGCAUCCAUAGAAAUUGAAGAAUUUAUAUCACCAAUAUAUAAUGAAUUGGGUAUAAAUAACAAAUCAAAAUUUAAUCUAGAAUUUAGAGAUGAAAUUCCAAAAUUUAAUAAAUUAAUCUUUCAUCAUAUAUUUAAAUAUUCAAUAAAUCUUAAACUAUUCGAUUUAGAUCAUUGGAUGAAAAAUGAUAUUAUAACUAUUGAUGAUAAUGAUGAUGAUGGUGAUAUCAAGUACAUGUAUAUGAUUAUCCUGGAUUAUUUGGAAUUAAUAAAUUUAAAAUAAAAAAUAUUGGUGCAAUCGUUGAAGGGAAAUCAAAAAUAUUUCAAUUUAUUUCAACAUAUUGUAAGAAUAUUACUUGUUUGGAAAUUAGUUUAUUUUCUUUAGAUUAUUCAAAGAAAAAUAUUUUAAAGAUGAUCAUAAAUUUAAUUAAAUCACAAAAACGACUUUAUGAAUUUAGAAUCUCUCACGUUAAUCGAAAUAAUGAUAUUGAUCCAAUAAUGGAAUCUUUAUAUUCUUAUCAAAGAAAU